AUGGCAAACACUAAUAACUUCUUAACCCAAUUCUUAAACUGCACUUCAAAAAAGCCAAAUACUUUAAUCACCAACCUCUACUUCUGCACCUUCGCCACCUUCCUCUUCACCCUCUGUUACUUCCUUGGUCUAUGGCACAACUACCCCACCACCACCGUCACCACUGCCACCGUAGCCACCGCCUCCAACCUCUGCUUCAAUCCCACCACCAACUCCAAGUUCACUGAGGAAGAGUAUCAAGAGUAUCUGCGAUUAAAGUCUAACAGUUUGGCGCAAUCAUCUCAGUCCCCAAGUACGUCCACAGCUUGCAUUUCUCAAUCCAUGGAAGGUCUAAAUUCAUGGGUAAUUGACUCGGGUGCUUCUGAUCACAUUUCUGGAGCGUGGCUCGGGGAGACAGAUUGGAGAAGGAUAUGAAGCUGGAGGUUUAUACCAUUUUGGAUCUCGUCCACGGGUAUCUUGUGUUGCAGCUCUUCCCCCUAAAGUGUUACAUGAUCGGUUUGGCCAUCCUCACUUGUCAAAGUUAAAAAAGAUGUGUCUUGAACUUAGUGGUCUUCAGACUUUAGAAUGUGAGUCAUGUCAACUAGGAAAACAUGUUAGAUCUGUCUUUCCUAAACGGUCUCAAUCAAUGUGUACUUCUAGUUUCUCUAUUAUUCAUUCUGAUGUCUGGGGACCUAGUCGCGUCUCUUCUUUUGGUUUUAGGUAUUUUGUUACUUUUAUUGAUGAGUAUUCUAGAUGUACUUGGGUUUAUCUAAUGAAAGAUCGCUCUGAUACCAACUUGAGAUCUAAAACAGUAAAAAAUAGUUCUAAAAGGGCUUGAAAGACCCUUCUCAGUUCUAUUAUUUAUAUAGAUAAAAAUAUGAUACAAUAGAUAGAUGGAAGAUGAAGAGAUUGUCCUAGACUGCUAGGAAUAAUCAUUAUAGAUAACCCAACACACAACUACCUACUUUUAGGCCCUGCUCUACUAAUCAUAGGUAGACUU